AUGGAUAACGAACAGCCUCACCAAGAGCUGGUGAAAUGUGUCGUAGUAGGAGACACUGCAGUGGGAAAAACAAGACUUAUAUGCGCAAGAGCUUGCAAUAAACAUGUUUCCUUGUCUCAAUUAAUGACUACGCACGUACCGACUGUUUGGGCUAUAGAUCAAUAUAGGAUUUAUAAAGAUGUACUAGAAAGAUCAUGGGAAGUUGUUGAUGGGGUGAAUGUCUCAUUGAGGCUUUGGGACACCUUCGGCGAUCAUGAAAAGGACAGAAGAUUUGCUUAUGGCAGGUCCGAUGUUGUCCUUCUCUGCUUCUCAAUCACGAAUCCAAUUUCGCUAAGGAAUUGCGGUGCUAUGUGGUAUCCGGAAAUACGACGUUUCUGUCCAAACACUCCCAUACUUUUGGUGGGGUGCAAAAAUGAUCUUCGGUAUAUGUAUCGAGAUGAGACCUAUUUGAAUUAUUGCAAAGAUCGGAGUCCCUUUAUUAGAGCACCCAGAAAAAGUGAUUUGGUCAUGCCAGACCAGGGCAGGGCGCUAGCACACGAAUUCGGUAUCUACUAUUACGAGACAUCAGUGUUCACGUACUAUGGGGUAAACGAGGUGUUUGAAAACGCGAUACGAGCCGCGUUGAUUGCGAGACGGCAGCAGCGGUUCUGGAUGACGAAUUUGAAACGGGUUCAACGACCUCUGCUACAGGCUCCCUUUAGGCCGCCAAGGCCUCUGGAACCAGAAGUAACAAUUGUUAGCAGCGUGUAUUUGGAGAACAUGACAACAUUAUUGCGACAGCAGUAUUUUACGGACAUGGUCAUAAUCUGUGGUGCGAAGGGAUUCCCCGUUCAUAGAUUCAUGAUUGCGGGAGCGUGCGAGGCUUUUCAUAGACUUCUUACCACAGACUGCAUUAGUGUGUCUGCUGAACUUGCUAGAAGCUCUAGUGAGAGUAGUAUGGUAAGUAGUAUGGGUGAGGCAACGACUGGUGACUUUAACGAGGAUACAGAAUAUUUGAUCAGACAAGACCAGGCUAAACAGAUCAGAGUGUGGGAUCAAAUAAAACGUCGCUCAUCGUGUCAAAUCCUUCCUGUCAGUGACAGCUGUAAAAAACCGCCAGAUCUCUACAGGGAAGUCAAUCAUCCAGCAAUUCUAUCCAUAAAACUGGUCAGGUGUGAUAAAAUCCAACAUGCGACAUCACAAACGCAGACCAUCGUUACGAUGAGUAAAUUGAUAUCGCAGAACGUAAUGCAAGAAAUUAUUAACUUUAUAUACACUGGGACUUUAGACAGUGGGGCGUUCAAGCAACAAGAGAUACGUCAAGCCGCUGAGUUAUUGGGUUUCCCGGAAUUAACGAAACUGAGCCAGUUCAUACUGGAUCAACAUCUGUUGUUUGAUAAGGGGUUCAUGUUGCAAUUUCACACGCCACUACCACAGAGGUUACGCGAUAUGUACGUAGAGAGGAAUCUCUUUGCUGACGUCACGUUUGACCUGGACGAUGGGAUCCACCUCGCGCAUCGAGCGAUGCUGAUGGCGCGGUGCGACCCCAUGAAAGCGAUGUUCCAGGGACAUUUUAGGGAGAGCACUUCGAGAGUGAUAACGUUUCCGGGCGUUAAAAUGUACGCAUUUCACAUCCUCUUGUGCUACAUCUACUCUGAUAAAAUACCAACAGUGGAGCCGACAAGAUGUCUUGAGUUAUUAGAACUUGCUAAUCGGCUUUGCAUGAAUAGAUUAGUUACAUUGGUCGAAGCGAGAGUGAUCGACCAACUUCAACAUCAGGAUAGAGUGGGAGACGAGGAUCAAGUGGUAGAAAUAGCUCUGUCAUUAUUGGAACCUGUUAAGUUGCAUAACGCGCACAAUCUCUCGGAGUGGUGUACUUGGCGGCUCUGCGGGGCCUAUGACCGCGUGUGUCGUGCUAAACACCUUAGUCCUUCUUCGAGGGACUAUCUGGCUGAUAAUCGUUGGCCCCCAGUUUGGUACGUCAAAGAAUACGAUUAUUAUCAGAAGUGCCUGGCCGAACAAUCUAAAGAAUUAAAAGAAAUAAGACCCACCACGUCUCUGCAGGCCAGUCAGCAAACGGGGUGUUUGUGCUUUGCUAGUAAAGUUCGCCGUGAAAGUGUAGCGGUGACAGCUGACGCGUCCACAGCGCUCUGCAGAAGCGAGCCUCAGCAACCGCCGCUCUGA